CCAUAAACUGUCGUAAUAAAACUGCAACUGAGUGUGAGUGACAAGGUUUACAUAGCUCAUCAAGAACGCAUAACAGAAUGUUAUACUGAAUAUUGAGUUGAAUUGACGUUUCUCCGGUGCGUACUAUAUUGUCUCUGUUUUGGUUAAAAUGGCGUUUGAGAAAUAAAAGAAGUUUUACAUGUGUAAUUUAUCCGACAUGGUUUGCUAUGAGGAAGGAAAUGCACAAUGUAUUCAUAUAAAAAAUAUGAUACCUGGUGCUAGCACUAAAAAAAUUACACUUAUGGUGCGUCCGUCUAACAGAGUGUCCACACUUUUCAGCGAUAUAAAAAAUCAAAUGCAGGUCGAUAAUUUUGACAUUUCAUUACAAACAUCAGCGUCAGAAGAGGAGGAGAUUUUAAUUAGUGAAAAUGAGGAUAAAACAUUAUCGGAAAUAGGCAUAGAUUUUUCAUCGACAAAGAAUAAAACAACGAUUAAACUAGUGCCAACCAGUCAAUCAGUGCAUCGAAGAUCGGCUAUUGUGAGUGAAGCUGAUUCAACGUUACAGUUGGAUGAUGAAGAAUUGGCGCUCGGAGCAUCGGCAAGUCCGGUUGAACCAACAAGUUCACCGAUUCCAUUGCCACUGUUCAGCGAAGAGCCGGUGACACGGAAUCACAAUGAUUCGAUUUCCUUAUAUCCAUCAUCUUCCUCACGUUCAUCAUCUGGUUAUGUUGGUCUAGUAAAUCAAGCGAUGACCUGCUAUCUCAAUAGCUUAUUACAAGCUCUGUAUAUGACGCCCGAAUUUCGAAAUGCACUGUACAAUUGGGAAUAUGAUGGUACAGAUGCUUCCAAAAAUAUACCGUAUCAAUUGCAACGGUUAUUUGUUAAUUUGCAAACAUCAACGAAAAUGUCCGUCGAAACGACAGAUUUGACGCGUAGCUUUGGUUGGGAUUCAACUGAAGCAUGGCAACAACAUGAUAUUCAGGAAUUAUGUCGUGUUAUGUUCGAUACGCUUGAGCAAAAAUUCAAGGAUACAGCACAGGCCGAUUUUAUCAAUCGUUUAUACGAAGGCAAAAUGAUUGAUUAUGUUAAAUGUUUGGAUUGUGGAACGGAAAAAUCGCGUGAGGAUAAAUUUUUGGAUAUUCCAUUGCCAGUUCGACCGUUUGGCAGUACAAUUGCAUAUGAUAGCGUUGAAGAAGCACUACGUGCAUUUGUCGAACCCGAAACACUCGAUGGAAACAAUCAAUAUCAUUGUGAAAAAUGUAAUAAAAAGUGCGAUGCUCACAAAGGAUUGAAAUUCUCAAAAUUUCCGUACAUUUUAACGCUGCAUCUUAAACGCUUCGAUUUCGAUUACCAAACAUUUUUACGCAUUAAACUAAACGACAAAGUGACUUUUCCUCAAACGUUGAAUUUAAAUAGCUUUAUUAAAGAAACUGAUAUAAAUACGGCAUUCGGCCAUACGAAUAGCUCGUCAUCGUCGUCAAAUCAUUGUGAUACAACGUCCUCAGAGCAUGGUAGUGUAGAAAGUGCCAUCAAAUGUGACGAUUGUAGUACAACCGAUUCUGGAUCCAUUUUAGAAGAAGAUGUAGCCACAACCAAUCUAGCGAAUGCACACCAUCGAACUGAUUUGGAGGCUCAAGACGAUGAUGAGGGCAUCGAUAUGACCAGCAGUAGUACAGAGACAAAAUCAAUAUUGGGCAAUGAUCCAGGACCAUACAAUUAUGAAUUGUUCUCAAUCAUGAUUCACUCAGGUAGCGCAUCUGGCGGACACUACUAUGCAUACAUCAAAGAAUUUGAAAAUGGUGAAUGGUUUUGUUUCAAUGAUCAAAGCGUAUCUCCGAUAAGUAAAGAGGAUAUUGAAAAAUCAUAUGGUGGUUCAUUGGGUACACGAACAUUUUAUUCAAGUGCAUAUAGCUCAAGCACAAAUGCAUACAUGUUGAUGUAUCGACAAAUGGAUCCGCGCCGAAAUGUGUCAGCCAUAAAGCGAGAAGCUUUUCCUGACCACAUAAGGAAAUUGCAGAAUACAUUGAAAGAGGAAAGUGAAAAGAAACUGCGACAAACCGAAUACAAUUUGCAAAAGUAUAAAGUGUAUUGGUUUGAUCAGCGUACCCAGCAAAUGGCAAAUGUUCGCAUGUUUAUGGAUUCAGAUGCUACUUUGGAAGAUGCCUUGGAAAGUGCAUACAAACGUUUUAAAUUGCAAAAUAUUGCGUCAAUGUCACGUUGUCGUCUGGUUGCCUACGACAGCAACGAAGAAAAUGUUUUAUGCAGUUUUGAUGGAAAAGAAUUGGAAAAAAUUCGAGAUCUAUUGAGCGAAUUAUCAUCAUCCGAAUUAUUGUUGGAGAUUCGUGACGAAGAUUCGAAAUUCGAUGUUUAUGUACCUGGUGAUAUUGAAACAAAAGUGUAUACCAUUGAUAUAUGUUCAGGGGAUAUUGAUGGUCCAUACAUUGUUCGCAUACAUAAGAAUGCAGUCGUUAGAAAAUACAAAGAGGUGCUAGCCCAAAAUCUUAGCAUACCGAUUGAUGAUAUUUCAUUGGCUGCAUUCAAAUAUUCAGCGCCAGCUCUUCUGGAUCAAGACAAUGCAAUACUUUCGGAUGAAGAUGUGAAUCACAAAUCAAAAAUAUUUGUCGCUAAACGAACUGUAUCAAGUGAUUCGAAGAAUUUCUUAAAGAUUGUCGAAAAAUCCAAUCAUAUCAUUUCGUUAUAUUUUACGUUACCAAAAACUGACAAAGAAACAUUGGAAAAACUGUCGAUUCCAUCCUAUGAUCCAACGGCAACGAAACUUUCGCCUCGAAUUCAUAAUAGUUUAGCCAGUAGUCUAACGAGUAGUCGAUCACGUCAGGUAGAAAACGGUGAUGUUGUCGAUGCUGUCAUGAAUUCACCGCCAGUUGUUGACUACAGAAAUAGUUCAACGAUGAAUCCUCAUAAUCAAAUGGAACCGGAAAGUAAUAGUGAAGACAGUAGUUUGAGUGAUGGUGAUCGAACAUUGGUUGGUGAUGUUAGUCCAAUAUUAAGUGCAAGCAAUUCACCGGCAUGUUCUGAACGACAUUUGUCCAGUCCAGAAGAUCAUACCAAAAUCAAUGGCGACGCUUAUGGUGAUGAUGACACCGAUAUGCUUGAUAUGAUUCAAUCGAAAAAAUAUUAUUUCAAAGCAAAUUAUUACGAAGAGCCAAUUGUUGUCGAUAACAAUGAAGAGCCAAUUCGUCGAACAUUAUCGGUAUUGGUCGAUAGUCACAUGAAUGUUGCAAAUUUGAAACGUGUACUUGAGCCAUAUAUCAAAGUUCCUAUGGAAUAUUUUAAAAUUUUCCGACACAACUCAUCUCAAAAUGAAAUUGAAUGUACGAGAUUAAAUGAUGAUUUGCGAUCGUUCAAUGAUGGCGAACGUUUAACCAUUGAAUUGGGACGAGCACUUCGUAGUGGUGAAUAUAAAUGUAAAGUUUACUACAUGAAAUUGUCAGAGAUAAAUGAUACGAGCGAAACGCUUACAUUUUUAUGUGAUUGGAUUUUGUGUAAUGGUGCCAGUGUUGGUAAAACAAAGCGCGAAAUUUUAGCUCAAAUCGCUAGUAAUGAUCCACAAUAUGAAAUCCCAUACGAACGUUGUAGAUUGCGGAAAAAGAGCGCCAAUGCUCCUGGCAAAAUCUUUUUGGAUGAUCAAGUGUUUGGUGAUGAUGUAAUUUUGCUUUCGAAUUAUGAGAUUAUUGUACAAGAGCUAGAAGACCAAAAUCAACAAGUUUCAGAUGAAAAAAGCUUAACAAUAUUCAUUCGUAGAUGGUAUCCGUCCGAAAUGAGACUGGGACCAUUUAAUGAAAUCACCAUUUAUGAAAAAGAUAAUAUGAAAUCGGCUCUUUCACAACAUUCUGGCAUCACCGAAGAAAAUGUUGAAUUUGCUAAGUCGCAAGGAACGUUCCCCAAUCACAAUGUUAGCAUACUAGAAAUUCACACGUCGAUGCUAUGGAAUUCAAAUCCAACCACAUUAAAUGAGUUCCCUUUGAGUAAUUCACAGGAUGGCAUCAUGUUCUUCUAUAGAGAUAAAACGGAGGAGCUGAAACAAUUGUCGCCAACCGAAAGACAAGAAUUGAAAAACCAAGAUGCACGAAAUGGUUACGGUGCAUCCAAUUCAUAUGAUCGCAUGAGCCGGCGACGAGAACGGGCACUUAAAAUAUAUGUGGAUUCGUCACCAAAAAAACGAGACGAAUGAAACCAUCAACAAAUCAAAAUGCAUAUAGUAGCUAGAUACCAUACAAUAAACUCAUUUUUUUCUGUAAUUAAAACUUUUAAA